UGCUUAUAAUAUACCGAGUUUUUGUACGCAUAGUGCCUACCUAGUAAGUUAUCUGUUUAUACACAAGUCUAGUCUGACCAUGCAGGCAGCAUACAUACUUUCCAUCCAUCCAUUAGCGUAACAUCCAUCACGUAAUCUGUCUCGCAUUCGGCACCCAAGCUUUGCAAAUGUACAUGUCACUGUACAUCCAUCAUGAUGCAUCAGAAGCUGGAGGAUUUUUUUAGCCGUCCGUCCUUCACACUGAAAUUUAGAACGUACAGCUCGUGUUAAACGAGUGUGUCCAGUCUGGUUUGAUUGUCAGGUGAAUUUGUUAUGUAACAGCUGGCUGAGUGAUUUAACUGCGUGUUAAUUAUAGGCGAGAUAACUGAGUAUGGGUAAAUUUGCAUUUGCGACAACCGUCCUCCCCGGCGUGUCGAAAGUGGGAGGUCGGAUGGAUAAUAAAGUACAAAAUGGGACUGGUGGUGAAGCAGCAAUAAUUUCUGUAUUAUGGAAUAAAGAGUUUUUGCACCGCGUCUUCUCUCAUCUCGACCUCGCAGAAGACAUCAAAGCAUGCAGUUUGGUUACCAAAAUCUGGGCUGAAGUUGGAGUUUCCGUCCUCCUAAAAAAAUUUCCCCUCCGACUCUCAACAGAUCUCAACACGCAAAAAGUUCUGACACAUAUGCACAAAUUCCCAGCACAAGUGGAAAUUCGCUGUGUCGGCUGCCCCCCAAAUUACGCACAUUUGGACCAACUUUUAGCCCCCCAUGAAAACACGAUGGAUGUAAAAAGUCUCCACAUUAUCAACGAUGGAAUUCUGGGGGAAAGAUUUGCUAAAUUUUUGGCUCGAUCUGGAAAUUACUUUCUUAAUUCGUUAACAACGCUUUCUCUGACGUUAUCGAGCGGAAAAAUGUUUUUGCCACCAUGUCGCCCUGAUCGACCCGUGUUCCCCACCGUGACCACUUUGUCCAUCGACCAAGUCCAAAAUCGCGUCCAAAAAGUAUCCUGUUGUAGGUUACAAAUGGAUGAUGACGAAAAUGGAGAAAAUUUCCUCCGUCUUUGUCCCAAUCUUACGAACCUCACUGUCCAUUCAUCCGUUCUCCCCGUUGUUUAUGGCGAAUUGCUCCAGUUUCCCGAAAAUUAUCAAGGACUGCAAAGUUUCAAGAUAAUAUGCAACUGUGAGCCGUGUACGAAAUGCAAUCGACUCUGUUACUCGCUGCUGCCUGAGGUGGACAUUCCUCUGACGAAGUUGCACAUUACAAAUUUUUUCUUAGCGGAUGCUGCAGGACCGGGAAUACUUUCUAAAAUUUUCCACAGAUUCUCAGCUACCUUGGAAGAGUUGGAAUUUAGCUGGAUUCAGUUUACAGAUACGUCCAGGGGAACUCUGGUUUGGCCGAUAAUGCCAAAUUUAAAAAAACUAACAAUGCACAUUGGGAACAGGACCGACCCGAAAUUUAAUCCUGAGCAGCCUCUCUCAUGUGUCGAAUUUUUGUACGAAACUGGCGACUUGGAGAGAGGCCUUGAUCUCAAUUACUCGACCCAAUUUCCUAGCCUAGUACAACUCUCAAUUAUUUGCUGCAAUGAAACCCAACACGACAAAUUUCGUUACUCUUUCGAAAUUUACAAAAUGUUCUUUCCCCACGACACGCAAACCUGGGAUAGUUUGACCACGCUGGACAUCACGUUUCCACCGAUUUGUCCAGAAGACGAGGAUCCCAAUACGAAGAGAUGGUUUAAUUGUUGGAGAGCUGGGAAAUAUUAUGAUUAUAACAGGUUUUGCAGCAAAAUUGCAAAAAUACUGCCCAAUUGGAAGACUCCGAGGUUGACGGAUAAUACUUAACAGAUAUUGAGUAUCUUCAUCCUUUCAGUAUUUACAUAUUUUCAAAGAUAUGUGAUUAAGUGAUUCAAAUUCAAUUCAAUGUUCAAAUCAGUGUAUACCUACAUAAGUAUAUGCAUAAUAAAUUCCUAUUUCUGUUAACUUUACGUAAAACACAACCUGUCCUUAUCCGUACAAGUAGAUAUGUAAAUGUAUCCAAAAAUACAGUACGGAUAAGAAACAUUACGGUGAUUGUAACCCUAUAUCCUUACAUAUGUACAAUGUACACACAGUAAGUAGGCUAUUUUUGCUGUGGGGUGAUGUUGUUAGAGUACUAUUUUUGUAAGUAUAUGUUCACUUACAUGGGAAUCAAUUCUUUACAAAAGUCAGCAAUAUGUACAUAUCCAAGUAUGUAUGUAGAUAUACCUUAAAUUGACGGGUAUUGUCGGGAUGGACAAAAGAGAAUCUAUUUGCGUGAAAUGUCAUGAGUGGAUGUGCAUAUGUGCAUAAAUAAUUAAGUGUUGAAAUAUGUAUGUAGCUCGUACAUUUGCAAGAAUGCAUGAAUCAGCAUGACAUAAAUCUUGCGUUUUUAAACUUAUCUUGUGAAAGUCAACAAUUUUGUUUAUGCAUAACUAAACUAUGCAGUAAAUAUGAUAUCAUUUGUCAAAGGUUCCCGAAGCAACACAAAGUGAAAGAGAGUAAGAAAUGAAAUUUUAAAAAUAUAGAUAUGCAAAUCGUGAAAACUUAAGUGCAAUAUGAUAAGUGAAUCAACUUUGUGUACUCGAUAAUAAAUUAUUUAGCUAUGGAAUUAUUUUGAUAAA